UUUCCAUAAAGAAAACCAUUCUCCUCAGACACAAAUUUUAGAAUAAUACAACGGAAUUAUUUUCCGGUCCGGUCCCUUAUUUCUUCUCCCUCGUCUCAACGACUAGAAAAGAAGUGAAAUUCUGAGUUACUUCUCUCAGUACUACAGUGAUGAAUCGGCGAACUGAGAAAAGUUCAGGAGGAGGAGGAGCUUCGGUGAAAUCGAAAUCAUCAAUACCAAUAAUCCAUAAAGAACCACCACCAACUUUGUUUCCGUCCAAGCACGAAUUUCCCAGACUCAUCCUCGUCCUCGCCGUCGCAUCCUUAGUUGCUUGGACUUCCAAUCUCCUUUUCACCGCCCUCCUUCAUCCAACUACUACCAAACCCUUCUGCGACAAUUCUCUCGAUUUCUUUCCCGAUAAUUGUGAACCUUGUCCAAGUAAUGGAGAGUGCAUUGAUGGCAAAUUGGAAUGUUUGAAUGGUUACCAAAAGCAUGGUAACUUGUGUGUAGAAGAUGGAGAUAUCAAUGAAUCAGCUCGAAAAAUUGUGGAGACGGUGGAGCGUCACCUCUGUGGAGAAUAUGCUCGAUUGUUGUGCUCUGGAACUGGAUCAAUUUGGGUUCAUGACGAUGAUUUGUGGAAUUAUUUUGAGCAUGCGGGAAAUGUCAAAGAGGGUAAUGCACUUUAUAAUUAUACAAAACAAAAGGCAUUUGAUACUAUGGAUAAACUACUGGAGAUGAGGUUAAACUCUCAUGGGAUGAAGGAAUUCAAGUGUCCGGACUUGCUAGUGGAGCAUUACAAGCCAUACGCCUGCCGCUUAAGUCAGUGGAUCACAGAACAUAUUCUAGUUGUUUUGCCCAUUUGUGCUAUGCUUGUAGGAUGCACAAUUUUGUUCUGGAAUGUCCGUCGAAAGCUACGCAUGUCGAGACGAGUUGAGGAGCUUUACAACAAGGUCUGUGAAAUACUUGAAGAGAACGCCUUGACAUCAAAGAGUGUAAAUGGUGAAUGUGAACCCUGGGUUGUUGCUUCUAGGUUACGGGAUCACCUGCUUUUACCAAGAGAAAGGAAGGACCCUUUAUUAUGGAAAAAGGUAGAAGAAUUGGUUCAAGAAGAUUCUCGUGUAGAUCGCUAUCCAAAGUUGGUGAAGGGUGAAUCAAAAGUGGUAUGGGAAUGGCAAGUUGAAGGCUCUCUGAGCGCCUCAAAGAUGAUGACUAAAAGAGAUGCAAGCAAAACGAUGGUCAAUGGAAACAUGGACCUGAAUUGUCAACAACGCCCUACAUUGAAAGCAGAGCCCAUGGAACCAAAUUUUUGAUACAGAAACUUCUUUGAAUAGUGACUCGUGUAUAUUACGAUGGCUGAAGCAUAGUCUAACAUCGUCUGUGUAGAAAAGGUUGGGUGAGAAUGUAGAAUAUAUAUUGUUUUGACUUUGCAGCUACAUGGGGCAAUCGUGUAAGUGUGACCUGCAUUUGAUCAAGCUUGCAUCAGUUGAUGGGACCUGCAUGCUUAAGUUUUGAAAUGUGCUUAUAUCUUGGGGAGAAACAUCACAUCCUUGAGACAUUUUACCUCCGACUACUGUAGGUCUUGAUUGACUGUAAACAAACUAGUUAUGUUAUGUGAUGUAAUAUAAAUUUAAGAAAUUUCUGAA